GAAUGAAUGUGUGGAAAUGGGCCGUUACGGGCGAUAUGACGAUGGAGGGCGCUGUCGCUUUUUCAACCCGGCGCAUUUUACGCUCUGCUUGACGGCGCUUCGGCCAUCCUGGAGUGUACCCUGAUGGCGUAUUAUAUACCUCCGCAUUGCCUGGAGACGCACGCAUCGAUGCAUUCCACUGUGCUCUGGACGAGGAACGUCGUCCUCUAGAUAUAGAGUCUUUGGACGAGGAGGGUGCGUUUGGAGCUGGAAACCAUUCAACAGACUGCGCCACGUGACUACAGACUAUGGGAGAUGGGCGUUUAUUAUUGCGCGAGUCCGCCCGCCUGCAGCCUCGCCAACAGCCCUUGAACCGCCAGGGCAGUAUACCCAUCUCCACCCAACCCCGCCAUUCCAAAAGCCAAUACAAUGUACGAACAAAACUCCACAAUGGUGGAAAUCCACCAGUCCCACAACUGCACCGACGGCCCCGCCAGCUCAGACUCCCACAAUCCGUUUGCCCCAAUCGACAUCCCCUUGCCUUCUGCCCCGCCUCUACCGUCCUCAGACACUGCCCGAUGCUACACCACCACCGUCCAAUCCGACAUCUUUUCGCCACCCAUCAAAAGUUACCCCGUCGCAGUGAAACUCGUAGACCAGAAGACCCUCGCUGUUUGGUUGGACUCUAAAUGUACUGCCACCCAACCGGCCGCGAAUUUUACGAUUACUGAGCCCUCCUGGGUCUGGGAUGAGGUCGCAAAGGCCUACGCGCAGGCGCAAAACCAGUCGACUGAGUGUUUUGAUAUUACCGCGUUAACCGCGGCUCAAGGCCUGCCGCCAGCUUCAAUUCGCCUUCGUUCUAUCAUGGCGUUUUCUGAUACGCCGUUCAGGUCUUAUGAGGCGGGUGCUGCGGGUGUGGGAGUGCAGUGGACGGGGAUAGUGCUGCUUGCGGCUUUUUGGAUGGGGAGGAAGGUUUGGGAGUACACUAUGUAGAUAUUGGUACGGCGUAUUGGGUGGAUAGAUGGGCGGACACUGACGCUUGGGCGGACCCUAACCCUAACCCGGCCGAAACUCGGGGACGAAGGUAGCUGGCUGUCCAUGACCGUGAUGCCCUCCCACUCCGUACUCCUCCUCUUCGUCGUCAUCGUCGUCUUCUUCCUGGAUUAUGUCAUUCCGGACUUGCGCUUCGAAGAGCUCGUCGAAUUCGGCCUCAAUAUCGUCAUGUUCGUCGUCUUCUUCCUCUUGCUCGUCGUCUUGCUCGUCGUAAUCGUCUUCAUCGGCAUGAGGGUGGUAGCCGCUACCACGGCCUCCUCUACCGCGGCUCCUCUACCGCGGCCUCCUCCACCACCACCGCCUCCUCCUCCCGCUGCAGUCUUCGGGCAACCCAUCUAGAUUCCAGGAGGC